AUGGGAGACCAAACCUCAUGGGGGAUGACGAGUUUAGCUUUCAAUAAGAUGAAACCCUACUUGGCCAUGAUAUCUUUGCAAUUCGGCUAUGCCGGAAUGUACAUUAUUACCAUGGUGUCGUUGAAGCACGGAUUUAGUCAUUGGAUUCUUGUCGUCUACCGCCAUGCUGUGGCCACACUAGUUUUCACUCCCUUCGCAUUUUUUCUUGAAAGGAAAACAAGGCCAAAGAUGACACUGUCAGUUUUUCUAAAGAUAAUGCUGCUAGCUUUUCUUGACUUAAUUGGAGCAAUCAUCAUAGUAUUCGGACUUUACUCAGUGGUGUGGGGUAAAAGCAAAGAGAAGACAACCUCUGAUACGUUAACAUACCAUGAAGGCAAGGCCCAAGAAUUGCCCGUGGUGGACAUAAAAACAUCAGCCGACGUUUAUAAUGUCAAAUUUGAAACUACUGGAAAAUCCCAUAUUCCUCAGAUCAAUUCUCUACAGCAAGAGCUGUGA